CAGGAGGCUUAAGGUCUGUCUCAGCUCCACCUCUUUACCUGUUUCUAGAUCCAAAGUUAGGUUGAAGUAGCUUUUCUGAUUGAUUCCAAGUAUGACCUUGCUGUCUGUUUAACAUGUGUCACCCUGGAAGGUCACAUCCAUUUCUUCAACCAUGAGCCCAGAAAUCUCCACAGCCGCGCACAGUUCUAGUCUUAAUGAUGAUGAUAAUAAUAAUGAUGAUAAUGAUGCAUUUUAUUUAUGGGCACCUUUUACGAGACGGGGGGCAGCACGGCUAAAGGCUCGAGACCCCAUUGAUGAUAGGAUGAUAGUCGUGGGAUGGUUAUGUCCGCCUAAGGAGCUAUCGUUCCUUGUCAAACACCAAACCCACUUCACUUUGUCCAAAUCCAGAGCACUCAGGAGCAGAAUCUAAAGUCAGAAGGAGGACAUACUGGCUGCUGCAUUGUUGUCCUAGAACCCGCACUUCAACAUAGUAUGUUUCCUUAAUGUCUGAUCAUAUCGUAAGGUAUCAUUUCAUUCAGUAGAUAUCUUAUAUUUUGUUCCUUUUUAAUAUGGGACCUAAUGGGGAAUGUUUGCCUUUGCAGCAAGCCUGAAGUGAACACUCGGUGAACUGCAUUUUAUCUGCACUAGCUCAUUGGCUUGGUUUUUUAAUUCUAGGGGUUGCCGCUUGGAUAUGAUGUAUAACUUCUUCCCCCGGAAAAGCCCAAAUGAAUGUUUCUCAUUUGCUGCUUUUACAUUUAUCCAACAGGUGACAAUGUGCCAAAGGUGCUUGUGUUCACCACAGAAGGUGACUUCCUCAUGGCGUGGAACACAACCACACUGGAGAUGCCUCAUGGGAUAUUUCUAGCAGAUGCUGCCUCGUCAAACCCCACUGUGUGGAUAACCGAUGUGGGAAACGGCCCCAACGGUCACUGCAUCAAACAGUACUCGCCAUCUGGGAACCUCCUCCAGGUGCUUGGUACACCAGGGAAGGCAGGUACCGGGAUGAACCCUCUGCAGUUUGAUCAGCCGGCUGAGAUCUUCGUACACGAUUCUGGAGAGAUGUAUAUCGUCGAUGGUGACGGCGGCUUGAACAACCGCCUCAUCAAGCUGUCCAAAGAUCAGGAAGUGCUGUGGCUGCAUGGGGAGAAAGGGCAAAACCCGGCUCAGUUUUACAUCCCCCACAGCGUGACUGUAGACAGUGCUCAGAGGGUGUGGGUGGCCGACCGGGGGAACAAGAGGAUCCAAGUCUUUAACUCCAUCACGGGUGAUUGGCUGGGGACGUGGGGAAGCUGUUUCACCGAGGACGCCCCCUACUCUGUCCGCCUGACCCCAGACAAGAAGUACUUUGUGGUUGUGCAGCUCAACACCAACCAGAUUUCACUGCUGGACGCCCCACCGGUGGGUCUGAUUGGUCAGUGCAGGGUGGUGAGUGUGAUCCAGCUGGCUGAUGAAGUGAAGCCACACCUGGUGGACCUAGACCUGAAGACAGGCGCCCUGUUUGUGGCUGAGAUUGGAGCUCAACAGGCCCAGAAGUUCACCCCCUUUGUUCUGGGUGCAAGUUUAAUCUAGACUUACACUGAGCUCUGUCUAAAGAAUAGAAAUGGAAAGAUUGAUCACAAAUUUACAGUUUUAUCAUACAUUUGCCUAUUGAUCAAAUUUUGGGCCAUAAAUGUCCAUAUUUGCAUUAAGUUAUGUUUGUACUGAAAAUAGUUUCAAGAAUGGCUACACCAAUGCAAUUCUAUUUAGGUUACAGUUAGGUACUUAGGUACUUUUCAAUUCCGAUGUGUUUUAAAACAAUGAAAUCUCAAUUAUUUAAAAUAGCGUUGGUAUUGAAAAGUAUCAAAGCUUUGAAAAAUAAAAAAAUAAAAACAGCAGGCCAUCAUUCAUGAGAGAUCCAGUCAAUACUUCUAUCUCAUCUCAUCUCAUCAUGAUGAAAAGGUUGAAUGAAUGUGUCUUACAAACAGAAGAGUUGGCACUAUAAAUUACAAAAACAUCGCCAAUGUGCGAUUUGGAAAGUGUGCAGGAGUUUUCUUUCAAAGUUUUCUUGAACAAAAACAAGAAAUGACCAAAUAUUGGAUGCUUAAGACUUCUAGUUUUGUUGUUGUCGUAUCAAAUGAGUAUCAGUAUCGUUUGAUCCGCUAGCAUGCGUCAAAGUUUACAUUUGUGGUAUAUUAACAACCCCAUCAGGAACGAGCAGCAGGUAUUUCAUCAAAUAUGUUUUAAAUGCCAUGACAAGACCUUUCCUGUCAUUUGUCUCUACAUGUAUUAAUUGAAUAAUAGAGUUUAGCUGAAGUUAGCUAAAUCUGAAAAGCUAUAGGUUUUUAGAUCAGCAGAACUUGUAGCUCAAAGUAGGCACAACCUGCAUCCACCCAAAUGUUCUACACCCUCCUAAUCCUAGUUUGGCGUUACAUGAAGCUAACCCAGUUCCUGACACGUGCACACUUCGAUCUCAAAGGAGAUUUCAGCAAGAAAGUGCAGUCUUUGCUGUUUUCAAAUAAUGAAUAUGUUUUUUGUUUGCACACAUCCUGCCAUGCCAAAAGAAAGAAUAUUGAAUGAAACAAAUAAAUGCUCGAACAUCUGGAAUUGAACCAAGAACGAAUAACUCGUGUCUCAAAACAGAAGAGACUGUAGAAUUUAUUAUAUAGACACAUAUAGAAGGACAAUAUGUGGCCGUUCAAAACCAAACUACUUUUGCUUUUUUUAUUUUUAAAGGCAUGCAGUUAAAUCGAACCAUGUUUCUUUACAGAUGUAAGAAUUAUUUCUGAUCAGUACAUUCAAAUCAAUAUCUGUCAUUGUAAGGUAUGCAAUGUGAUGAUGAGCUUUUCAUAUUCAUGGCCUGUUUGUGAAGUAAUGUGCCAUUUGUAUUUCCGUAACUCUGCACUGCUUGAAAAUAAUCAAGGCAUCCUUAACGCAGAAAAGAUGCAGAAACAGCUCGUGGACCGAGCUGGUUCCUUUCCUUACUAUCGACACUUCAACUUAUAUUAUUGCCAGUUUAUGUCAGCUUUGAAAGACAUGCUUGUGAUCACACAUGUAUAUUCAUAAAGAGGACAGAAGUACUGAAAUGUUUUGCACAAUGAAAAAAAGUCUAUGAAGCACUUAAUAAUGCGGUGGAUAAAUGCACGGUAUGAUGGGUAAAUUCUUUCUGUGUUUGCUCUCUGUAUUCUUGUCUGUCUUAUUUGAUCAGUCACAGAAUCAGCUGUUUCACAUCAUUCAUGUGAGUCAUAUAUUGUAUAAAGUUGAUUUUUCAGUGACUCUGUGUUACCACUAUGAUUAGUGCUUUCCUCAAGCAGGAUGACAGAAAAAAAAAGGAACGUCUUUGCACUGUGCAAAACUGUCUAAUAAAAAAGCCAUUUGUUAUUUAAGACA